AUGGUUAAAGAGUAUUCAACCCAACUAAAAACCUUAUUAAAAAAAAAUUAUUUAUUAAAAAAGAAGUCAAAAUGUGGGAUUAUUUGUGAGAUAAUAUUUCCUAUUGUUAUCGUUGGUGUUAUAUUUGCUAUAUUAGGCUUGGUUACUGCAUUUAAACCAAACUAUGACCCGUAUGACGCAACAGGGGUAUUAUCAAAUAGAGUUAGUAAUCAAAGUGUAUUAUUAUAUGGCUCGGCAGAGGGAUCGUUAACUGCUGAACAAGAGGGUGUUAUUAAUGCUUUGAAGGAGCAAGUUCAAACUGAUAGACAAUUGACUUCAGAUGUUGUAGAUACAUUUUUUUUAGAAAUUAAUAAUAAAGAUGACAUGGAGGUUUAUUUUGCAAAUAAUUCAAAAACAAUUUAUGGUGCUGUAUGGUUCAACACAAGUGCAACACCAGGUGGAACUGUACCAUUUCAAUAUAAUAUAAGAUUAGACAGUGAAGAUGUCAAUGACAAUGAAGAAAUCACAGAUAAAAGUGGGGAUUCAGAAGUUUACUUUAAAGAAAAUUGGGCUAGUAUACAAGUUGCUGUAGAUCAAGCUAUUUAUAAUUAUUAUGGUUUAAAAAAAACCUUAAAGGUUAGUGGCCAACGUUAUCCAGAUCCAUAUGUUGAAGGUUGGCAAAAAUGGAUAGAUGGUAGAAAUUCAAUUUUAAAAGAUGCAGGUUCUGUUUUUGUUACUGCUGCAUUCUUUAUUUUUGGUUUCCGUCUUAUUACCGAUCUAGUUAUUGAAAAAGAGACAAAGAUUCGUGAGGGUAUGAAGAUGAUGGGUCUUAAUGAUAUGGCCUAUUUUAGCAGUUGGAUGAUAACAAUUUUGGUUACAUCGUUACCAGUUGCCAUUAUUAUUGUCAUCAUUUUCAAAGCAUCCAAUGUUAUUUAUACAACAUCCUUUGCCAUUGUGUUCUUUACCUUUAUCAUUUACCUCUUAACUCUUUUAUCAUUGUCUUUUAUCUUCGCGAUCUUUUUCGAUAAAUCAAAGUUUAGUGGUUUGGUAUCCAUCAUUAUCGUAGUUGUUAUUAACAUCUUUGGUAUUUUUGUUGCAAAGGGUAAUUUCAACACUUCAAUCAAGUUAUUUUUAUCACUUUUUUCACCAAUUGCUUUUGCAUGUUCCUUCUAUACAUCAGUAGUUAGAGAUAUUCCAGCAGAUGUUUUAACUGUUAAUUGGGACUAUAUUGUAUCAGAAAAGGAUAUCAUUGGAAUGUUAAUAUUAGAUUUAUUUUUAUAUUUAUUUUUAAUUUGGUAUUUACAAGAAGUUGUACCAACCGAAUAUGGUACUAAAAGACCAUGGUAUUUUAUUUUCACUGUUUCAUAUUGGAGAGGUAUUGGUAAAAAAUCAGGAAAUGGAUUUGGAGAUGAUAUCGAAUCAUCCUUAGUAUCAAGCAACGAAGAUGUUGAAAUGGUUCCAGCCGAUCUUAAAACUAAAAAUACAGUUUCUUUAAAGAGUUUAAGAAAAGAAUUCCAUACUGGUGAUGGUUUACGUGUUGCAGUAAAUGAUUUAUGUUUAGAUAUGUACGAGAAUCAAAUUCAUGCAUUUUUGGGUCCAAAUGGUAGUGGUAAAUCAACAACCAUUGGUAUGUUAACUGGUUUAAUUACACCAACAGCUGGUACUGCCUAUAUUCAAGGUAAUGAUAUUACAACAAGUAUGAGUAAAGUUAGAAGAACAUUAGGCGUUUGUUUACAACAAGAUAUUAUUUGGUCUCAAUUAUCAGUUUUAGAACAUUUAAAGAUUUAUGCAUCAUUAAAAGGUGUUAGUUCAAAUAAUAUCGAAAGAGAGGCAGAAAAAAUGGCUAUAGAAGUUGAUUUAGGUGAAAAACUCCAUACUCCAGCUGGUUCUUUAUCUGGUGGUCAAAAGAGAAAAUUAUGUUUGGGUAUUGCUUUCAUUGGUCGUAGUGAAGUCGUAUUCCUUGAUGAAUGUACAUCAGGUAUGGAUCCAUUAAGUCGUCGUGGUGUUUGGGACUUUUUAUUAAAAUAUAAAAAAGGAAGAACUAUUAUUUUAACAACACAUUUUAUGGAUGAAGCUGAUUUCUUAGGUGAUAGAAUUGCAAUUAUUUCAUUUGGUAAAUUACGUUGCGAUGGCUCAAGUUUAUACUUGAAGAAUAAAUUUGGUUGUGGUUAUUUAUUAACUUGUAGUAAGAAUAUUUCAACAUUAGACGAUUUUAACACUGAUCAAGUUACUCAAUUUGUUCAAAGUUAUAUUCCAGAAGCCAAUAUUUUAUCAAAUGCAGGUACAGAACUUAGUUAUCGUCUUCCAACAUCUUCAUUACCCAAAUUUGGUCAAUUCUUUAAAGAUUUUGAUAAUGAAAUAGAUAAUGGUUCAUUCGGUAUUAGUACUUAUGGUAUUUCAGUUACAACAAUGGAGGAAGUUUUCUUAAAAAUCGGUCAAGAAUCUAGUGGUGGAAAUGGCUCAAAUAUUUAUAAGAAUGAAACUCAAGAAUCUGAAAUGUUAAAAGCUAGAAUUGCAACAUCAUCAAAUGGUGUUACUACAGGUCAACAAUUGAAAGGUCUCUUAAUUAAACGUAUCCGUACCUCAAUCAAAGAUUUGAAAUCGUUCUUUUUAACAAUCGUUAUCCCAUUGGCUUGUAUCAUUGGCUCCAUUAUUAUUUUUAGUGUUAUGGAUGAUGCUCAAGUAUUUUACAAUGAUGUUCUUACACCAUUAACAAUGUCAUUAUCACAAUAUGGACCAAACAAUGUUGUUCCAGUUCAAGAUGUUAGCCAAGUGGAUUUCGAUACUCUUAGUUCAAGUAGUUUCUUUAGUCAAUUCAAAUAUAUUAACCAAUCAGUUGACUUUGAAGACUAUUUAGUCCAUAAUUAUUUAGAUAGUACUGGUGCCAUUAAUGUUACCACCCAAUUAGCUCAAGAUGAUGUUGUAGCAUACAAUGCAUUUUAUAACAAGAAAGCUCUUCAUUCAGCACCAAUUCAUAUUAAUUUAAUUGAUAGUGCAUUAUUAAAGGAAUUUAACAAUAUCGAAAUUCAAGUAACAAGUAUGCCAUUCAAGCAUGUUUUAAGUUUCUUUGAUCUCUCUGCUGAAGGUUUAAAUAUUUCAAGUAUUUUAUAUUUCAACAUUAUUAUGAUGGCAGGUUUAGCUCUUAUGGUCGCCUCAUUUGCUGGUAAUAUUGCCCAAGAACGUACCAACCGUAUUAAAAGAUUAUUAUAUAUCUCUGGUUGUAAGAAAUAUGUUUAUUGGUUAUCAAAUCUUAUCUGGGAUUAUAUUUUCGCAUUCGUUGUAGUCCUUAUUACUGCCAUAGUAUUAGCAAUUAUUAAAGAAGAGUUUAGACAACAAUUUGGCCUCUUUUUCUUAGGUAUUAUUUUAUAUUGUGUUUCAACUAUUCCAUUGGCUUAUCUCUUAUCAUACCGUUUCACCACUCAUGGUAAAGCUACAGGUGCCAUUGCUGCAAUCGUCUUUGCAAUGGGCAUCGUUUUCUUAAUUAUUUCACUCAAUAUCCGUAUUCAAGUACUUGUUGAAAACGAAGAUUUGGAUAAGAGCAAAACUUUCCAAACUGUUGGGGACGCUAUCGAUGUUAUUUUCUCUAUUUUAUCGCCACUCUUUGCUUACUCAAAGAUUCUCUUAUUGGUUUCCAAAUUCCCAAUUAUGCGUGUUGGUCAAUAUAAGGUUGAUAAUUAUUGGGCAAUUCAUUAUGGUGGUACACCAAUUAUUAUUUUAUUUGUUCAUUGUAUAGUAUGGAUUACAUGGAUUAUGUUAUUAGACUAUACACCAGAAAUUAGAGGUUACUUUAAGAAUCCAAAAGAUAUUAGCUCACCACAACCACCAACCGAUGAAGACUCUGAUGUUCAUGAUGAAAGAACAAGAAUUCAUAGUGUAGAAGAAGUUGUCAAAGUAGAUUCAUUACAUAAACUCUUUAAAGGUAAAGGAAAGAAUCAAGAUAAAAUUGCAGUUCAUAAUACAUGUUUGGGUAUUCCACGUGGUCAAACCUUUGGUUUAUUGGGUCUAAAUGGUGCCGGUAAAACAACUACUCUUUCAAUGCUUUGUGGUGAUAUUAUGCCAACCUCUGGUCAAGUAACAAUUAAUGGUUUUGAUUUAGUAAGUGAAAGAUCACAAGCCCUUAAAAACAUUUCAAUGUGUCCACAAUUUGAUGCUUUAGUAGGUUUAUUAUCAGCCCGUGAACAACUUUACCUCUAUUGUAGAAUCAAAGGUAUUGAAGAAAGUAAAAUUAAAGAUGUAGUUGAGGCAUUUAUUAGUAUGAUGGAUAUGGGUCGUAUUGCAAAUAGUAACUGUGGUGGUUAUUCUGGUGGUAAUAAGAGAAAAUUAUCAUUAUCAAUUGCCAUGUUGGGUGAUCCACAAGUAGUUUAUUUGGAUGAAGCAAGUACUGGUUGUGAUGCAGUAGUACGUCGUUAUAUUUGGAAUGUUGUUACUGAAUUAAGCAAAGGCCGUUCAAUUAUUAUUACAACUCAUUCAAUGGAAGAGUGUCAAGCUCUUUGUUCUAGAAUUACAAUUAUGAAGGAUGGUAAAUUCACAUGUUUAGGUUCUAUUCAACAUGUAAAGAAUAAGUUUGGUGCAGGUUAUUCAUUUGAUGUUAAAUUUAAGAGAGAGUCAUUCGAUAAUGGUGUUCAAAGAGUUUUACAAAGCUUCCCACAUGCUAAACUUUUAGAUCAACACGACUUAAUUGCAUCAUUCGAAGUAUCAAAUGAUUCAUCCAAUCCAGUUAAAGUUUCUCAAUUAUUUAAUAUUCUCCAACACGAUUUAGGUUCAAUCUUAGAUGACUAUUCUGUUUCACAAACCUCUUUAGAACAAGUAUUCUUAAAACUUACCGGAGCUGGUUACACUGACCGUCUCAAUAAUCUUGAUCAAAUUCGUCACGACUAA